AGUGUUGAAGUGCUUGUUAUCGGAUGGUUCAUGGUGUUGAUUUGUUGAUGUCGUUGUGGAAUAAAACAGUUUUAGUCUGGAAAACUGGGGUGGAAUUAACGUGUAUAGUAAUAGUACUUCACUCUCCAAGUAAAGCCUGAACGUGUUGCGUUUUGUUGAGCUUCAUCAAAGUUUUUGCCUCCUAACAUGGUUCGUUUGGUAAAUAUAGAGGAACAUGGGGGCGAGUCGGCUACCUUUAUAAAUAUUAUAGAAUUAUAAUAUUAAACAACAUAUUUCUUUGAGAGGAGCGGCAAUAAAUUACAAACUGAAGUUAUGGCGAGUAAUUCCGGUUCAAGAGAUGGCCAACAGCUCUCACGCAAUGUAUUUCAAGUCAUGAACCAAUUGGGAUAUAGUCCUGACAUGGUAAACAAGCGACGCCAAAUGCAGAAAGACAUGGACAUAGCUUACAACAAAAAUGGCGACCGUUAUACUCGAAUAACAGCCGGAAGUAAAGCUGAAGGAAUAACAUGCCCUUACGAAAGUGACCACGACCGGCUUUACGAAGAUAAACACGUGGCUUGCGUCGUGGCCCCAGAGGAAAAUUCAGAAAUAACCGAAAGUGAAAAAACAAGCACAAUAUUCGAAAUGAAAAGUGACCACUGCCACCCAGGACAUUUCCAAUUGAAACUAUUCAAGCACGGUACUGUGCGAAAUAAUUGGAUAGAAUCAUCCUUGUUUCGAGCGGCAAAUGGUGAUACAUGCAUUUCAAGUGAUUUGUUUACUACUCAAAUAUCUAAACAUGUCCAAGAAUCAAUGCAGAAAGGUUGGAAAAGUCAUGCAAAAGCUGGACCAUCCGUUCCCCGAAGCAAAGGCAUAUACAUGGAAGAUCAGGUUUUCUCCUUUCGAUGCUUGUCGCAGAGAGCAAUACUCAAGGACUGGAGGGAGCGAGACAGAACUAAUUGGCCAUCUAGGAGUUUACGUGAAGAAGUUAUCAAGUGCCUACCACACUUGGUACCUACUGGAUGUAAGGGAAGCGAGAACUUCGACAAGGAAUGGCGUAUAUGCUUCAUUCGGGGAGAACUGGCACUGACAUGUAGCCUUAUCGAAGGCCAGUAUAAACUAUAUGUUCUGCUAAAAUUGGUGAAGAAGUCAUGUUUUGCUCCAAUCUGCGACAGCGUUUCAUCGUUCAUCAUGAAAAACAUCGUCUUCUGGUUAAGCGAAGAAUAUACAGCUGACUUUUUUACUGCUGAAAAUUUACUUGAGACAGCGACGAUUGCUCUAACACGACUACACAAAGCUAUCGUCGAUAAUCACCUCCCGUAUUACAUGAUUCCCGGACGUAAUUUGCUGCACAACAGGAUUAAGCAUGCAGAUAAAGCUCAACUCCUAGAGACUAUUACAGAGCUCAUCCAGGAUGGACCAAAGCUUGUUAUGCGAUGUAAGCGAAUUUCAGAUGCUCUUAGCACACCUGAGGCGAGACUUUUACAAGAAGGCAUCAAACGUGACAAACUUGAAAUACUCAAAUUACGUAUGAUAAAGUAUCGAACGGAGGUUUGUAAACCAGGAAUGAGCCACAUUGAGGAAAUGAAACUAGCUUGGGCAAGGGAAGAAUACAGACAGACGCAAUUUAAACUCAUGGACAUUCUUAUUCCUGAAUGGCGCUGUCGUCUUUUUUCCGAGCUAUCGUCGUCUGAAGUUAAAUUGGAAGAUUUUAGUGAGGAAGAAAUCGGUCUUAUCCAAUGGAUGAAAUCAGUGUUAAGAGAAGUAUUUUUGACUGUAGACUAUCCGUACAUUAUGGAAGAGAUAAAGCUGAACGAUCCGAAUUGUUCAGUUCAAAUGUUUGAUGAAGAUACCGUGCUGACAGUAAUGGGGAAGUAUAACCUAUUACUCGGUCGCAUGUUGCAACAGAUAUAGUUAGACAAUAUAUGCUUAAGGGCAAAUGUUUUGCACGUGUUUUCAAUAUUAAAAUUCUUGGUUCCGAGGGACAUCCAACAUGAAUUGUAAUUUUGUUAGUUUGUGCAAGAAAACCAUUAACCAAUACAUUGUUAAGCCAUGUACAUAAGUUACGGAUGAUAAAUCAUGAGCACCAGUAUUUUCUCCGGGGAUAACCAUGUAUUAAUUUCAGUAUUUAUUUUCACGUGUAGACGUAUUGUUCGCGGUUUCACGCAAUAUAACCCGCUAUUUGUUUUAUUGCGAAUUAAACGUUAUCGUGUUAAUAUGGAUAACGUUAAAUAAACGCUUGUAAGAAAUUUGACAGUUCCAAGCGGAAGUAAGAGUUGUACAAGAAUUAAGGACCUUGAUUGUCCACAAACACAAUACAUCACCACGUACAUGUUAUAUGGGAAGUUGGAAACAUGUCAUGCAUCCAGGUUCAAAACAUUGAUUGUUAGACCCGCAUCAAGCAGUACGUACAAAAUGAGCAAAAACGUUUUAUAAAUCAUUGUCUUGACGAUGCGAAUACGUUUAAGUGUUAUUUAAACACUGGUAGUGGAUAUUUCCGUAAUUCUCAACUAUGACCCUUAUUCAGAUGUUUUUUUUGCAUUUGGAAAUAAUCAGUACAACCGCUAAAAUAUACACGGUGAGAGAAUGGUUCGUUUUUCAUUGUUCCAUACACCAUAACUUAUAUUGAAUUAAAACAAACCGUGCCGAGCUUAAGUAUAUCAGGAUACAAGAUACAAAAAUCUGUAUUUAGUCGGGUAUAUGAUAAUUAGUUUUUUAGCUCAAUCCGACACGAAAAAAAAACAUACGUAACAUAGCAAUACAUAACAAUGAAUUGGUGACAUGGAAAUAAAUUUUGUAGUUUUAGAGGCGCACAAUUUAGUUUGAUGCGAAACUAUAUAUUUAUUUUAUUGCAUUUUCCUGUUCAAAUAAUUAGACUGUAAUGAUCGAAACAUAAAAGCAUGAAUUAGGUAAAGAUAAAAGAUAUUUGUGAUAUUCUGGGGAAUGUGUGGCAACGUAGAGCUCUAUUAAUUAAAACACAUUAAUAAAGGAUAAUAUUUUGUUUUUCUGGACCAAAAUCAUUUUUUGUGUGUGUUUGUUUGUAUUUACUUUUUUUCAAAGAAUGACCACAUCCGUUUUAUAUGACCAUUUGUUUUAUUUGUAAAUGUGGUUGAGACUUUUAAAAAAAACAUUUAUGAAAAGAAAUUAUUACCACGAAAACCUGUUUGAUGUACCUGACUGUUAGAUAAAAUAAAUGUAA